AUGCUAUUUUCUGCAACUUUUGACAAUGCAAUCAAGAAGAUUGCAAGGAUUUACCUAGAUCCAAAUUAUAAAUUCAUAUCUACACUCCACACGGACGAGAUCAACACACACGAACAUGUUCCCCAGAGUUACCUCAUAACGCCCCUCGAAGAUAUCCUUCCGACACUUGUUUCCCUCCUCAAGCAGGCAGCACGUGGAAUGGCCGUUGUCGCGAGUGUCUUGCAACAAGUGUCUGCUGGGCCACAAUCUAUGCUUCCCCCAAUCUACCAGAUCCAAAGCCAUAUGUCACAGGCUGCGCAUACAUGCGCCGCACAGGAGUUCCACGAUGCCCCAGAGGAUGACGCACAUUACGAAGAAGCUGCUCACCAUUGUACUGCUGUUCUCAACUUGAGCGCUCUCUCAUCGAACUCACCUAUUCAUUUUAUGUAUGAGGAUUUGGUGGUGCUCUUCAGCUGGGAUCUCAAAUCAUUGUGGGUCACUGCACACCAGAAAUGUUGUCAUGCACUCCUUCGGGCAGGUAAACUUCAAAAUGCUGCUAAAUCAUACCGAUACAUGAUGGACAAUAUCGAUGAAACAAUGGGGGCGAGCUGCAUUGAAUGGUCCAACAGUGAAUGCACAUUCCGAUCAUAA